AGAGAACCGGAGACAAGAGAAGGAGGCACACUGGGUGGAAAGAGAGAGGGAAGAGAGAAGACAGCGAGGAGGAAUUUACAACAAGCUAACCCGUGGCAAGUCAUUAGUAACUGGACUGAGAGAGAGAGAGAGAGAGAGAGAGAGAGAGAGAGAGAGAGAGAGAGAGACAGGCAGAAAGGGAGAGAGAGAGUUUAGAAAUAUAGGUAUGAGGCUUGACAGAGUGUGAACAACUGACAGUGACAGAUAAAAGUGAAAUAGACUGAGACAGACAGAGCGGGUGAGGAAGAAAAGUGGAAAAGAGGUAGACUAGGACCAGAAGCUGUCGUCUUUUUAAACACAGAUAGACAGACAGACACCAUGCUGCCCGUCUUCCUUGUCCUUUACACCGCUGGGGGUGUGUGGGGGUCCAGCCGCAUGAUGGACGGUUACAGCCGGGGGCAGGAGCGGCCCUCAACCAGAACAGGGGUGGGACUGUGCCCCUCUGCAUGCCAGUGCGAGGAGGAUGACAUCUUUGUACUGGUGGACUGCUCCGAGAUGGGACUAUCUGCUGUUCCCUCCACCCUGAGCCCACUGACCACCUACCUUGACCUGAGCAUGAACAACAUCAGUGAAAUUCAGCCCAGAGCCUUCCACAGACUGCACCUGCUAACCGAACUGCGCAUCUCGGGAAACCAGCUGAGGUAUAUCUCUGGCCACGCCCUCCAGGGUCUUCACAACCUCAAAGUCCUGAUGCUGCAAAACAACCAGUUAGAGAGAUUGCCUGAAGACGCACCAUGGGACCUACCCAACCUCCUGUCCUUGAGACUGGAUGCUAACCUGCUGUCGGCGGUCCCCCCAGAGGCGUUCUGCGGCGUGCGCUCCCUCAGGCACCUGUGGCUGGACGACAACUCCCUGAGGGAGAUCCCCGUGGGGGCGCUGGAUGCCCUGCCCUCCCUACAGGCCAUGACCCUGGCCCUCAACCAGAUCACGAACAUCCCCGACUAUGCCUUCACCAACCUGACCGCCCUCGUUGUGCUACAUCUCCAUAACAACCAGAUCCAAGGUUUGGGCCAGAGGAGCUUUGAGGGCCUAAGCAGUCUGGAAACACUGGACCUGAACUACAACAAUCUCCAGGAGUUUCCUGUAGCCAUCAGGACCCUCACCAAGCUGCAGGAACUGGGUUUCCACAACAACAACAUCCGAGCUAUCCCUGAGAGAGCCUUUGUGGGUAACCCCCAGCUACAGACCAUACACUUCUAUGAGAACCCAAUCCAGUUUGUGGGCAGAUCUGCUUUCCAGUUCCUUCCCAAGCUGCACACGCUCUCCCUGAACGGAGCGACCCAAAUACGAGAGUUCCCCGACCUGAAAGGAACCACCAGCCUGGAAAUACUGACAUUGACCAGAGCGGGUCUCUCUGCUCUCCCUCAGGGCCUUUGUCAACAGCUGCCUCAUCUCAGAGUGCUGGAGUUGUCUCAUAACCAGAUUGAGGAACUGCCCAGCUUCUACCAUUGCUCAGUGCUUCAGGAGAUAGGUCUACAGCACAACCAACUCAGGAGGAUCGAGAUAAAUACAUUCCAGCAACUCAGCUCUCUAAGGGUUCUGGACCUGAGCUGUAACAGCAUUGAGUGGAUCCACCCAGAAGCGUUCACUUCCCUUCACUCAUUGAUCAAGCUGGACCUGACGGAGAACCAUCUGAGCACCAUGCCGGUGGGGGGUCUGGGGGGACUCACUCACCUCAAACUAAGGGGGAACCUGGAGCUGUACGAGGCAUUCAACCCCGACCACUUCCCCCGCAUGAGGGUGAUUGAGAUGCCGUAUGCCUAUCACUGCUGUGUCUACGGGUCAUGUGACAGCUAUAAGUCAGCCAACCAAUGGGACACAGAACAGCGCAACGAGGAGGAGUUGCACAAGAGGACAGUGGCCUUAUACCCUAUCCAUGCCGACACACACUAUGACCCUGACCUAGAGGAGUUCCAGCGGGAGUUAGAGGAGGCCAAACUGCAGACUAGUGUCCAGUGUACACCUAUCCCAGGUCCAUUCCGUCCUUGUGAUUCUCUGCUAGGCAGCUGGCUGGUGCGUGUAGGCUUGUGGUCCAUCUCCCUGGUGUCUCUCCUGGGAAACGCUCUCCUGCUCCUGUCUCUCUUCGGCUCAGCGGGCUACCUCUCCCCCCUCCGCUUCACCGUGGCCUGCAUGGGGGCGUCCAACCUCCUGACAGGCGUGUGCACCUGCACGCUGGCCCUGGUCGAUGCCCUGACCAUGGGUGAGUUUGGUCGCCACGGCGCCCGCUGGGAAGGCGGGCCCGGUUGCCAGGCGACAGGCUGGGUGUGGGUGUUUGCGUCCGAGGCCAGCGUGCUGCUGCUGACCCUGGCCGCCGUGCAGUGCGGCGUGAGCGUCACGUGCGCACGCGCCUGCCGCAAGUCUCCCUCUCUGGGCGGCGUGCGCACGUGCACGCUAUUCUGCCUCACCCUCUCCCUUGCGCUGGCGUCCCUCCCCCUGGCCGGCGUGGGAGAGUACGGCUCCUCCCCCCUCUGUUUGCCCUCCCCCCUCCCCCCCCCGGCCACUCGCUCCACAGUUGCGCUCGGCUUUCCUCUGGCCCUCAUCAUGAUGAACACCUUGUGUCUGCUGAUAGUGACCGGCUCCUACAUCCGCCUCUACUGGGAGUUGCUGAGGGGGGAGUGUGAGGGUCUGUGGGACUGUGCCAUGAUCAAACACGUGGCUUGGCUCAUCUUCACCAACAGCCUGCUCUACAUACCCGUAGCCUUCCUCUCCCUCUGCUCCCUACUGGGUCUACUCCCUCUGGGCGAGGAGAUGCUCAAAUCAGUCCUCCUACUCCUCCAACCUCUCCCUUCUUGCCUCAACCCCCUCCUCUUCCUCCUCUUCACUCGUGACCACACCCAGUUCCUGCUCUGGCCCCGCCCCAAGGUACGCUUGCAGCUGCGCCGCAACUGCACCCUCGACUCGCUGGUGUCCGUGGAAACCGAAAAGAGUUCAUGCUCCAACUCGUCCACCCAGUCUCUCACCGAGGGUGACGCCCUCUAUGCCAGGGGCUCCAGCCGGCUGGAGCCAAUCCGAUUUUCCCACUGCUCGUCCACUUCCUCCUCCUCGUCGGUGCCUCUCAUCCCCUGCCAGACGCCCUCUCCCAGCGUGCGCGACAGAGAGGAACAUAGGAGGCGCUGUGAAAGAUGACAGUUUCCUGAAGAUGAGUAACCAUGAGACCAACACAAAGCCUUGUCCGCUCUAUCACAGUGCUUACCCCCCCCUCUCUCCCUGACCUGUCUGGUCAGGGAGAGAGGCCUGGCUGACUGAUUAUAUGGCGUUAUGGCUGACUGGCUGGGACCCUAUGGAAUUGGACCAUCAAAUAACAACAGCAAAGACUAUAUGGGUCCCUUCAAACUGGGGCCACAGAAACAGUGAGUGAAUACACCACUCACUAAUUGUCCCUAACAGUACAGAGUACAGCCCAAAGUGCCUUUAAUAGUCCAUUGAGGGAGAAGACCCAAAUUAAUCGAAACUCAACGUCAAGACAUCUGGAAAACGGAUCAAAUGAGGAAUUCAAAGAUGCAGACAAGUCUGUUUAGUAAAGCACAAAUUAGAGCCAGGUACUAUGCAGUGUAGUAAACUGCAUGGUACUCAACACAAAGCUCCCACCAGAACACAAAGCACCCACCAGAAUGGGAGCUUUGUGUUUGUAAAUCUGAGUAUAAACCGUACUGGAAUAUAUGCCGGGAACAAUGAUGCAAGCAAUGCACGAGUAUAGGCGAUCUUACAGCAUGCCGUUGCAACACACUUCGAAAACGAAAGUAAGUGCGUAAUGUAUGUUUUCUAUUGCCCGGGAUUAACUAAUAUUUACCUUUAGCCGCGUGAGUUCUAAAUAUUUCCGACGACCCCCAAAGCGUAAGUUAUUUUUCCGAAACGGUAGCUAGCUGGCUUUAGUGAGCUUCUGCGCUAAGUUAGCUAGCAUAAUACUCGUAGCAAUGCUACUACCAUGCUAGUGUUACUUGUUAGCCUUCUCAUUAGUACAUUUUGAAGCCUGUUUUGUUAUAAAAACGUUCUAUAAGCCGCUUCGAAAUAUAAGCCUCACCACCACAAGAAACAAGUAAAAUCGGGGUAUAAACCGCUGCUUUAUUUCCGAAAAAUACGGUAAUCUUAGCGUGUAAUUUAGCGUUAAUAUCAACAGAGCGGUAUGGAGCUGACAUUAGCUAACGUUGAUGUAACAUAACAUUAUUUGCUACAUAGUUUUAUGUGGCCUGUCUCGUCACUGCAUCACAAGCAAUUCCACGAUUCCGAGACUACAACACUCAUAGUCUACUAUACCAUGGACAACAUUGGUUAGCAAGGGUUCUUUCAUACACUUCUUUAUUAGAGCAGAUGGUGGUCUAGCGAAAGAUGAAAUUAUAGAUGCAUAGAACAUGGUUAGAUUAAAAUAUCAGCUAUAUAGCCUAUCAGGAGAGGAUAUUUCAUGGCUGCAUUAUAAGGCAGGUUUGGAAAGCAAAGCAAAAACUGUAGCAGUCUAAAUCUUCCCUCAGAGAACUUAAGUGUUUAGGCUCUUAGUUUUAGUGAUGUUAUCUUCCAAAAAGCUUUGGUAUAAACUGGGUGGUAAACAAAGUUGUCAGGUUUUUCUGGCCCUCGGACAGUUCUAGUGACUUCUAUAGAAGCAAUGCUGUACAGCCAGAUCAAGUUGUCUUAUAGACUGAAUGGGAUGUAGCUUGGGUCCUUCUACAGACUGUUAGAAUAGCUAAUGUACAUACAAUGUAACUACCUCUGAACUAACAUGUUAUUGUUUAAUUAUAUCCCAUUGUUAUGUC